AAGGUGGGAUUUGUUUGGGGCAGGAUGCUUUCAUGGAGCUCUUUAGCCAACUUCUUUUGGGACUUACAGUGCAAGAUAUAUUUUCUUCUUGUAGGUAUUUGUUCUGCCUUAAAGCUGACAGUACCAUCUCAUACCAUCCAUGGUAUCGAGGGACAACUGCUCCAUCUUACUGUUGACUAUGAUUUCAACAUUACAGCUUCUGAAAUCCAGAUAAUUUGGCUUUUUGAGAGGCCUCAAAGUAAUCCAAAAUACUUGCUUGGCUCAGUAAAUCAAACAGUAGUUCCAGACUUGGAAUAUCAGCACAAGUUUACCCUCAUACCACCAAAUGCAUCUUUGAUGAUUAAUCCAUUGCACAUCAGUGAUGAGGGCAAUUACAUCGUGAAAGUCAAUGUCCGGGGAAACGGGACAAUAGCUGCCAGUCAGAAGAUUCACGUAGCUGUUGACGUUCCAGUCGCAAAACCAAUUGUACAUACAGAACCAUCCUCAGGGGUAGUGGAGCAUGUGGGGAAUAUUACAUUAAAAUGUACUGUGGAAAAAGGUACAAGGGUAGUUUACCAGUGGAUGAAAAAUGGGAAACCUCUCCAUGCUGGCCCUAAUUACACCUUUUCAUCAAACAAUGCAACAGUUCUAAUUGUUCCUGUUGUAAAAGAAGACAUUGGGAACUACAGCUGUCUGGUAUCUAACCCUGUCAGUGCAAAGGAAAGUAAGACAAUUGCACCAACCAUAUAUUAUGGACCUUAUGGACUUAGAGUUAAAUCAGAUAAAGGUCUGAAUAUAGGGCCAGUGGUUACAGUUGACAUGGGGGAAGUUAUGCUGUUUGACUGCUCAGCAGAUUCAAAUCCACCAAACACUUACUCAUGGAUUCAAAGGGCUGACAAUACCACUCACGUAAUCAAAUAUGGACCCCACCUGGAAGUCGUGUCUGAUAAAGUGGCCCAGAAGACAAUAGAUUACAUUUGCCGUGCCUUCAACAACGUGACUGGAAAACGAGAUGAAGCUCACUUCACAGUAGUUGUUACUUCUGUGGGAUUGGAAAAGCUGGCCCAGAAAGGAAAAUCUUUGCCAUCUCUUGCAGUAAUCACAGGAAUUUCAUUAUUUUUGAUCCUAGCUUUGGCCCUUUUAUUCAUAUGGAAAAGGUAUCAGCCACAUAAAGUGAUACAACAGAAGCUGCAAAGCAGGCCAGAAGCUAAUUACAGGAAGGCACAGAGUUUUUCAGGACAUGAAAGUGCUUUUGAUGACUUUGGGAUAUAUGAAUUUGUUGCUAUUCCUGAUCUUGCCAGUGGUCCUAGGGUUUCAAGUCAGUCUGUUCCUGUCUCUGACUUCAUCCCAGGCCAGGAUAUGCUUACUACUGUUUAUGAAGUUAUACAACAUAUUCCUGAACAACCACAACAAGACCAUCGACAGUAA